CGCCUCCCUGUGCUACGUAGCACAACACACGGGCGGUGACGUUGUGCUCAUUUCCACAGCAGCUGCCCGGCUGUUGUACCCUGUCGGCCGAAAUAUAGACAUUUUUUUUUAAAAGAAAAUAGAUAAGCGUUCAUAAAAGAGCUAAACGAUCGGCGAAAGGGGACGCAGAGGGUUUUGAAAGCGGACCUGGUGCUCGGAUUGGGGCAAAUACGGGUGGGCUGCGCUCAGCAGCGUUAGCGGCCAGCCUGGCUUCUUUGUGUUGAGAUGGUUUGUUCGCCUUGAGUAAAAACAUCUUCCGCAAUGCAUGGGGCAGAUUAUUAGCCGCUUGACGCUUUCGGUUUGGCGGAGAAGAGGGAUCCGCCGUCGUCUUUUUGUGCCGCUGAAGGUGUAGGCGAAGGACAGCAUCUCGAAAAGAGGGAGUUUGAGGAGGAGAUGGGUAAUUGUCUGAAGUCUCCCACGUCGGAUGAUAUCUCCUUGCUGCAUGAAUCCCAGUCGGACAGGGCUAGUUUCGGUGACGGGACGGAUCCGGACCAGGAGCCGCCGCCGCCAUAUCAGGAGCAGGUCCAGGUGCCCGUGUACCACCCCACGCCAAGCCAGACCCGCCUGGCCACGCAGCUCACGGAGGAGGAGCAGGUGCGCAUUGCCCAGCGCAUCGGCCUCAUCCAGCACCUGCCGCGCGGCGUGUACGACGGGGGCCGGGAUGGUUCGGAGAAGAAGAUCAGAGAGUGCGUGAUCUGCAUGAUGGACUUUGUCUAUGGAGACCCCAUUCGGUUCCUGCCCUGCAUGCACAUCUACCACAUGGACUGCAUAGACGACUGGCUCAUGCGAUCCUUCACCUGUCCGUCCUGCAUGGAGCCUGUGGACGCCGCUCUGCUAUCCUCCUAUGAGACCAACUGAGUGACAGGGAAGCAGGCACCUAGGGGGGCCCCUCCUUCCUUCCCUCCCCCCUCAAAACCGCCUCCCUCUAACAGGCUGAUUCUCCACCCUCAGUCCCAAGGAUGUGGAGUCUGGCUCAGUUAAGCCAGUGGUGAAGAUGGCAUGAGGUGUUUUGUUUUUUUUUCUUUAAGUAUUAAAGGGUCACUGUCAUUUCGUGUCCCUGACUGGAGUUGUAUAGGCAGUCCCGGCCUUCCAUCGCUCGCUUGGGGCCUGCUGGCCAGGGGAGCCUGCAAGGGAGGAAGGAGAGGCCGUUGGCUGAGAUAUUUCCUGUGCUUUCAGUCUCAUGCCACACUGCUCCUCUAAAAAUAAUCCCUGUACUCUACACCGUAACCUACAAGUCAAACCCCAAUGUGGAAGACCACCCACUGAGGGUUUCCCGUGUCGGGGAGGACCACAGCGGACAGUUUGCAACCUUGGAGGGAGUCACAUGACAUAGACCUUGAUUCCCACUGCAUUUGCAGUUCCUAGGGUAAGGGAUGAACUACCACUACAAGAGGGAGCGGGGGGCUCACCCGUUUGCUGUUCUCAUCACUAUUUAAGGUGUGGGGGUGGGUGGAGAUGCAUUUCUGUAAGACUUUAUAAGGGCUUAUUGAACCAAGGGGGACUCCCACAAGAUAAAAAUGCACACGCGCACAAAUCACGCGUAGAAAGUUGCACUUCUCUCAGACAUAACUGAAACGUGAUACAUCUGUAUAAACACAUUGAAUUGCAAUAUAUAAAUAUAUAUAUUUACAUAUAACCUGGAAUAUUUUUUUAACCGUACUGAAGUUUUUGGCUCGUAGUGGUAAUCGCUCUAUCCGCAUGCUCUGUGUGAAUGAAACUACGUUACUCCGUUUCGUUUUAGGUUUCACACCGGAACAUCGGGGAGUUUUCGCACUUUUGAUCGCGGGAAAUCAAACGUAAAUCACCGAUUUUUAUCUUCGUUUUUGUGUUCAGGGACGGUUCGGAUGGAGAGCCUUCCCUCGCCUCGAUUCGAGCGUGUUGGACAGUCGUGUUGCAUCCAGGUUCCGGAACUGAGCAAAAAAGCCGCAAACAGUGGUAACAGAUAAGAAAUAUCUAAGGCUACCUUGUGAUAAUGUGAUGACCGAGGUGGGUACCUGGGCUGUGUCCCCCCAGAUGGCCGCCUUUAUGAAUCGACUUGCGUCCCGCCCAGCAUGUGCGCCUGUCCGCCAUUCCCUGUCCUCUUCGGUGGGCUGCUUCGGUUAACAAGGCGUAUAUGGUCCCCCGGCAUCAGCUGCAGCGCGCCUCCUUUCUUCUGAUGCUCCUAUUUAAAGCUAAUCGCCAUUGAUUUUCAUGUGCUGCGUCUUUAGUGCUUUGAAACACUGGAAAGAGCCCGGUCGCUACACAGCUAAUUUAGUACGCUCUGCUGGUGUAAUUAACAUCGCCGACGUUUCAAAUAAAAUUACUUGCGUGCUGUUUAUUAGUCAUAAACACGACACUUGGGCAUGAGGGCAAGCUGUGCAAUGCCUGUCGUUUUCUGCUGUGUGUGUGUGUGUGUGUGUGUGUGUGUGUGUGUGUGUGUGUGGUCGGUCUUCACUCCUGAACAAAAACUGAAUAAUAAAAAAUAAACCGAACGAGAGUCUAACAGCAUUAGACUUUUAUUAACAUUUUAUACGAAGAUGAUAAAUACGGAGUGCUGGUUUUAAAAUAAAAAUCCCCUUGUCCCACCACCAAGAUAAUACAUUAGCUGGAAAAAAAUUAUGUAUUCAACCGCUCCUGCACUCAAUACUAACUGCGUUGGCAGAGUUCCUGGAGCUGAAAAGUGUGAAUAUCAUUUUUAUUAUGCAAAAAAUUUAUGACUGUUGCAAAGAAUUUAAAGUACUUUCAUAAAUACAGUUCUCAGUGGUUAACUCCAAUUUUGUCUGGGCUUAAAAUUUUUCAAGACCAACAAUAUUCUUCCCAGAACAAGCUCCCUCCGUGUGUGAUAUACCAUCAGUGGCCAUUGCUAUAUGAGGGGAAUACAAAAAUAAAAGAUACUAAUGAACAUCUUCUCUGGACCCAAGUAAGUUUUAUUUUGAUGUUUUGAAAGUAAUGAACGUACUGUCAGUUGUGUUUUUGUUUUAAGUCUCUGAGGAAAUAGGUUUGUAUAUAACCCAAAAAAAAAACAACAAAAAAAGUUAGGCUGUGUAUUGUCGCACAUGAUCCAUUUCUCUGAUAUUGUGAGGUAUCAAUAGUACCAACACUGACAGAUGGCAUCAGGAAAUGGCGCAAGCUCUGCCAACACUGCGGUUUCCUUUCUGAAGCUGGAUUGCUCAUUUAGGUGUAUGUGUAUGCAUGUGUGUGACAUGUAAUUCUGGCAGCGGUAUGUGUGAGUCAGAAAAUGCUUGGACCCCUCCGCAGCUAUGGGGACUCACUGUUUCAGACUCAUCACCCAAGUAUCAGUGGUUCUGGGUUGAGACUCCAGUUUCCCUGGGAGCCAGUGAAGCAGGCAGCCUGUCAGUGGACGAUGGCUUGUGACGUCACCACGGACCCUGGGCCCCAGACUUGUACACCUGAGAAAAGUGAACAAUGGAGUCUUCCAAGGACUUACCCUACAGCCACUAGGGGGAUAAGGAAAUCAAAGAUGGGCAUGUGUUUGUACAUUAAACUCCUCUGUUUUCACAGGAAUUUACUGUUCGGUGGCUGUGCGUCCUCUCAGUUUGUACAUACUAAUGUUAGUAUGACAGUACGCGUGUUCCAUGGGCCAAUCCAAAACUUACAAACUACGCUGUAAAAUCCAGUGUGUGUAUCUUCAGUUUGUAGCUUGGUCUGCUGUUAUAAAGGUUCUGCCCCAAACCAGUGUCUGUGAUUGUAUUUGUGUUUGCGAUUGAGAAUAAAUUAUUUUUUAAAAUGUAA